AUGCUCCAGUCCAACACCGACGCACGUUCGUUCAAGCUGCAGCCGGCGCCACGACCCAAGACCAAGAAGCGUCCGCAGUCGUGCACAUCCCCCCCAACUCCGGCAGCUGCCUGCACCGCAUUCCCCAUCGUUGACAUCAGCUCGGACACGCGAUCUCUGCGCUCGUGCUUUGACGACGACGAUGCGCCCACACCGCGGGCGUCGCACUUUGCCUCGCCGCUCUCGCCUCGCUCCAGCAUGUCGACCACCUCGGCGGCAUCCAUUCGCUCCUCGAACUCGGUUGCGCGUCUCCUGGCCUCGCUAUCCGUAUCGCCUCGCAAGACCUCGCCCGCUGCUACGGUGCCUGUGAUGCUGACCAGCAAGUCUCCGACACCUUCGUCGCCGUUGUUUCCGCGUCGAACGCUCAUGCGGAGUCUGUCGGCAACGUGUAUGAAUGCGAACCUCAAGUCGCCUACGGAGCCGAUGACGCCGUCGGUGGAUGCAAAGAUGCGCAAGAGGAUGGGGUGGAGAGGUGCUCUCAGUGCGCGCAUGCAGGCUGAGACGGCUAUCCUCAUGUCACCGGGUAGCCCCAUCACACCCCGUCGUGCUGAGGCACUCCACACCCCCACCCAAGCAAACACUGUGCCCGAUGCGACCGAAGGCGAGAUCGAACCGCUCAGUGCGACGCUCAAGAGGCUCGGGGCCAAGAGACGCACCGAGAGGUUCGCGUCGACAUGCGUACCUGUCCAAUCGCCCCUGCCCGAGGAGGAGUGCAACAUCAAGAGUCCCGAUACGGCGAGGAGCGAGUCGUGGCAGGUCAUGACGGCGACGCGAAAGAUCUUUCAGCUGCCCUCGUGGGUGCGGUUUGAAGCGAACCACCAUGCUCGAACCCGUGCGACCGCCGACAACCGCCUCGCCGCAGCCGAGUAUUCGAAGCUCCAGCUCGAACGUUCCACCACCCAGGAGGCGGGUGCAAUGCUGCCCAAGCUCAGCCAUGUGGGCGAUGUGGCUCCCGAUAGUCCCAACGGUGAACUCUUCGCCGGCUUCGACAUUGACUUGAGCGAGGAGAAGAAGACGGAGCCAGAGUGGGUGGUGAGCGUGAUUCGACCCCCCAAUAUGGCGGCACUCCGCACGGAGAAGGUGGAAGCCAAGGGCAGCAGGAAGGUGUUGGGGGUGGUGCGUUCUGCCUUGCCUGGCUUGGCUCCACAGCGUCGGAUAAAAGGCUACACCGCGCAAGAGGAGCGAGAUGGCUGGGGCGGGGUGACGAGGUCAAGUUGGUUUCGCGGCUACGGUAAAGGCCCGCUCGUAUCGCCCAAUCCGCCGGACAAGCAGCGCGGGCUGAAGAAGAUCAUCCUCCAACCGGCGGGGAAGGAGGAUGAAUGGGAGGAUAUCGACGAGCCUUCGCACCCAGAUGGUGGUGUGGCCAAGUCGUUUUUGGAGAUGAACGGUGCGCCUCGUUUCCAACCUCGCACUACGGCCAGGAGGUGGUGGUUUCGCUCGUCAUCAUCCGAAGCGAAGGAGGGCAAGGAUUGGAUGGGCGAUAUCCAGCUCGACACCUGGCGCACCAAACGGCUUCCCGUCGACAAGGUCGCUAGCGAACUGGUGACGAAGCACGACUCGGUGGAGAAUCGCCCCGUGCGCAAUCGCCGCGCUAGGACAGCUUGGAUCGUCGCCGCCCUCACCGCUGUGAUUGUCGUUGCGAUCGUGGGAAACGUCAUCGCAGCCAAGAGCAAACCGAUCAAUCAGAUUGGAGGAGGCGGGUCGGUGGCGAAUGGGAUGGGACCACCAACGGUAGUGCAGCCACCGACGGUGCUCGAUCCGAGACAGUCGAGCGUCGCCAAGGCCGCACAGCUGUCGCACACUUAG